UUUGAUUACAGCACCCCGGAGAGGCACACAAAAACACACACAAAUUAGACUCGAAAAACACUCGAAAAUCACGCAAAUCCCUCGUCCCGCCAUGUGGAACUACGGCGAGUGCCGUGCGCCAGGACUGCAGCAGCAGGAGCAGAGCGAGGAGAUACUCAGCAGCGGCACCGAGCCCACAGCCUCUGUGGGCGAGGAGGAGCAGCAGCUGGAUCUGGAGGCGCUCUACGACGAGCUGGAGGCCUGGAAGCAGCGUCUCUGGCAGCUGCGCAGCAAGCUGGUUGUCAGUCCAAAGCAACCAUGCGAGGCGCAGGCAGCGCUGGAGGACACAGACGAGUCCUUCCUUACCAUAGAAAGUCGUCAGCUGGUGGCGCUGCGUCGGCAGAAUUGUGUGCUGCGCUGCCAACUGCAAUCGAUGGCCGCGCACCUGAAGGACAGCCGCAAGGAGCUGAAGGAGAUGGAUGCCUGGCGCUGUCUGCUCACCACACGCAUACAGCGACUGCGCAAGGAAUUGGAUGUCUUUGGGGAGUUCCAGCUGCGAGCGAUCCAUCACUUUGGCCUGUGCAUCGAGCGCUGGGAGCAGCACAAGGCCUGCAAGGUGGAAAACAAUGUGUACCGCCGCCGCAUGCGGGAGCUCAUCCAGCACAUUGAUGGCAGCCGGGUGCAGCUCGUCCCCAUGCACUGCCAUCGCCAGACGUCCCAGCACUUGCGCAGCGAGAUCGUUCAGACGCGGAUCUUUCUGCACAAUCUCUACGAGAGCAUGUUGGCCCAUUUGCGCUUCUUUCAUAGGCAGUUUAGUGUCAAAACCCACGUGGUGCCACCUGACACUCACACGUCAUUCGUGUCCAAUAGUCCCUCCUCGCCAGCCAACUCGCUGCGCUCCGAGUUCCGCGACUCGAGUGACUUUUGAGGCCUUAAUGUUGAUUUUUAUUUCCCAAAUUUAUGUGCGGGGCUCGGGUCGGGUCUCCUUGUAAUUGCUUUGAAACUGUCGCCCAAUUAGGGUUAUUGACGUUCCCUUCCCUUGAUAAUUACAAAAUUUCAAACUCUGCG